UCUCUCUCUCUCUCUCUCUCUCCAUCACACGCACCAGAGCAGCAGCAACGGUGGUAUUUGUGGUGGUGUUUAAGGAAGGAAGGAAUUGUGCAGGUUACUGGACGAAACAAGCGACUGAGACACAAAGAAGAAGAGAGGAGAAGAGGAGCAAGGGAUGGCUAGGAGGAGGUGGUGCAGCACCCAGAGACUGUGGAGCGACUGAAAAGCCCAGAGAGAACGACAGAGUGGAUUUGGGGAGGGGGGAGGGAGGGAGGGAGGGACGAUGGAGCGAUAGAGAGAGGGAUGGGCCUCAGAAACAGAGCUGCACUCAUCCGACUGAUUCGGGACUAAAUAGUAUGCUGGAUAAGAGCGAGGUAUCGACACUGCCUUUGCCCCCCUCAGUGGCCCAUGGCAGCUCAGACGGGAACAUCAGCGUGGAGGGGGCGGGGUCUGUGUCUGGGGCAGGAUCAUGGCAGGUGGAGGGACAAGGGGAGGGGCACCGAACACGUGCUGCACUGGAUCACCUGCAGCAGAAAAUCCUGAAGAUCACUGAACAAAUCCGUGUGGAACAGGAGGCCCGAGACAACAACGUGGCCGAGUAUCUGAAGCUCGCUCACAACGCUGACAAACAGCAAGCGUCACGCAUCAAACACGUCUUCGAGAAGAAGAACCAGAAAUCUGCACAAACCAUCGCACACCUGCACAAAAAACUCGAACACUACCACAAAAAGCUCAAAGAAAUUGAGCAGAACGGUUUGGUGCGUCAGCCCAAAGACGUGUUGCGGGACAUGCAGCAGGGCCUGAAGGAUGUUGGAGCCAACGUGCGGGCCGGCAUCAGUGGCUUUGGAGGAGGCGUGGUUGAGGGUGUGAGGGGCGGAGUCUCUGCACUCAUACGCAAUAAGUUUGGCAGCGCAGACAACAUCGCCCACCUGAAGGACACUUUAGAACCUGGCCAUACAGAGGACACGCCCCCUCGUACACUCAGUGGCAGUGCUACUCUGGUGUCCAGCCCCAAGUAUGGGAGUGAUGACGAGUGCUCCAGCGGCACCUCUGGGUCCGGGGCUGGGAGCAACUCUGGAGGGGGCGGAGCCAUCUGCAUAGGAAGCCCACGAAUGGACGGACACCAUCACCAUCAUCAUCACCAUCAUCAUACGUCUGCAUCAUGGGAUGCUCUGUUGGAGGGACUACAGGAGAUCAAAGCCAGUCAGGUGCAGAUGGAGGACACAAUGGAAGACAUGAAGACACAACUACAGAGCACUUACUCCUACAUGACCCAGUGCCUGCAGGAGGACAGAUACAGGUACGAGCGUUUGGAGGAGCAGCUAAAUGACGUGACUGAACUCCAUCAAAAUGAACUGAGCAACCUGAAGCAGGAGCUGGCCAGCAUGGAGGAGAAGGUGGCCUACCAGUCAUAUGAGAGAGCUCGAGACAUUCAGGAGGCAGUGGAGUCAUGUCUGACGCGUGUCAGUAAGCUGGAGUUGCAGCAGCAGCAGCAGCAGGUGGUGCAGUUGGAGGGUGUGGAGAACGCCAACGCUCGCGCUCUGCUCGGGAAGCUCAUUAGCGUGCUGCUAGCUCUCAUGGCAGUGCUGCUCGUCUUUGUCUCCACCGUGGCCAACUUCAUCACCCCUCUCAUGAAGACCCGCACUCGCAUCGCCUCCUCUGUGGCCUUCACCCUCUUCCUCAUUACGCUCUGGAAGCACUGGGAUUGGUUCGAACUCUGCUUCCUGUCUGGCUAAGUCAUGUGACCUCAGAACUCCACCCUCUGCUACUGUGUCUCUGAAGAGCCGAUGGAGCUCCUCAUAUAAACACUGCUACUACCACAGAGACAGUAAGUGGGACACGUCCCAUUUACACCAGAUCUGUAUGUAUUUGGUCUAGAUCUGGAGUUCAGCAUGCUGUCGUGCCCUAAAACACUCAUCAGACUUAAAUACUGUAUUUUUUGGACUAUAAGUCGCGUUUAAUUGCCUGCUAGCAUUUUAAAUUGAAUCUAAUAGUAGGUCACACAUUACUUGUGUAUUUAAUUUGUAGGUCUAAUGUUCCAGCAGUUAAAGGGUUAAGGGUUAAAGGUUCAGAUUCACUACCUAGUGUCAGCUUGGCACUAACAUCAAACUAAAAACCUUCAGUUCGGGUGAUUAGCAUUAUUGUAGCCAGUAAUCAAACAGUACUGAAACCUCUGUGGCUCUUGUACCUAAAAGGAUGCAUUAAAUCUGAGGAUGAAUUAAAUGUGACACCUUAAUGCCGGCUCUGUAAAGUCGACACAACUUAGCACCAGUCUGGAUCUUCACGCUUUCCUGCCAGCAACCGCAGUGCUGAGCUACAGCAUCAUGGCCACCAGGGGGCACUGCAUCUCAGUUUACACCCAGUUCUCACCAUGAGGUCAAGUACAAGAAUGCGUCUUAUAGUCCAGGAGAUAUGGCAAACAUGUUAGAGACCAUACAGUAGCACAGACCAGCUAGUUCGACACUCUUUCAUUUGAAAUUCUGAAUGAGAAGAAAAGACAAUAGACACUCGGAAGGGUGUCUAUCAAUUUUUUCACCUUUAAAGAGGACUGAAUGUUGUUGCAUGACUUGUUGUGCCACAUAUCAGGAUGUGUGUUUUAUCUGUGUGUGAAACAGAGACUGCAGAUUUCAGUUGAAACACUUCUGAUUCUGGGACGUUUUUAGCCCAAACAAAGUUUUGGCUUUCAUACUGUGGCAAUAUUAUUUUGAAAUACAAGAAGUAAAUGUGGCAGAAUGCAGAGUUCAGCUGUAAAAGCUAAUGAGCUGCACAAUAUGUUGAUCGAUAAGCAUCACAUUAGCUACACGACUACAAAAUGAGACAGUGCUAAGGAAAUGAUUGCCUUCUGUAAACAAUCCUAGUAGCAAUGUUUGCUCUUAAGCUAACCACUAAACCAGCUAUCAGGAUGUGACUGUCUCGGAUUAGCACGUAUGUUUUGUGUUAAACUUUAUUUUUUGCAAACACAUCUGGGGUAAAGGUUUUUGUUCUGGAUGCUUUUAGUUCUCACUGUGUCUUUACAUGAUGCUAAAUUGACAGCCUCAUUUUUUUGCUUGCUUUUGCUUGAGAACGCUAGUUGCUUAGCAUCAGUUCUGAUCACACCAUCACCUUCAAUGUCUUUGCUAAUAAUUGGAGUACUAUUGGAAUCCGCAGAAAUCUGAUCAGAAAUCAGUCUGGUGUUUUUGUGAAUGUUUAAGUGUCAGCACUCUGCAUGACUUCAUACACUGCCACUGAGUUCACACUGCAUCACAUUAACCGUUUUCGAAGCUUUCUAUUUGUGUCCGUUGAUUGUAAAAGAACCAAACAGCCCGUGUGUGACUUUGUCUUUAUUGAGCACUCUGUCGAAGGGACCAGCGGGACGUCUGUCACUUCCUCAGCUCUGUGAUCAAUAACACUGUUCAUCAUACCUGCAGUACCUACAGAGUUACAGCUCCAUCAUCACUGAUCAUGCUCACCCACUUUUCAUAUUUAUACCGUUUGCUAAAAUCCACCAAAUACGGCACUGUAAUCUUAAUAAACACAUUUACACAGCUAUGUGAUGACUGUGUGAAUUUAUAAAAUAUAAUUAAUUUAUAAUUUAUUUGUAUUAAAUACUAAUAUUUACAGUGUGUCUGAGUGCUGGGACUCCUGCCUACACUUCCCUAUGAGAGAAGACAACAGCAUGGACCAUCAUGUUCUACACUAACUUUGCUACAAUCCUCCCCACACCUAUAGUUGUCUGAGCACAUGUCCAUAUUUCUGAGCCCAAGGCAAAACGAAACCUUCUGUAAGGACUGUACAGGUACGGCCCGGUCUCUAGUCACACAGGAAGCAGCAGCAGAGGAGCUCUUUAUUCACUUCUGCACAGGAGCAGAGUACACCAAAGACUGCUGAAGAAAUUUGCCCAACCACAAGCUGUGGUGAAAGGUCAAGAUGACGUAAGCAGUGACGUCAUCACUCCACCGGGCGUUUGUUCUGUGAAAUGUCUGUUUUUAGCGUUUCUGCUCCACCAGAAGAGGAAGGAGUUACAGCUGUGUGUGAGAUCAUCAUUACAGACCGUUUGGGUUGUGGAUCAGGGGACAUUCCACCCGAGAACCUGAAAGAAAGACAUUCAUGGUCAUCAGAUUGUUCUGGUCAGUAAUUGACUAAAGUAACAGCCCCCCCCCCCCCCCCCCCGAGUCAGGUAGCACCGCCCCUCGGGUUCCUAGGUGCAGGUAGCACCGCCCCUCGGGUUCCUAGGUGCAGGUAGCCACGCCCCAGCACACAGUUCACGAUGCACAUUA